AUGAAUGACCACAACGUCGUCAACUGGCUCUACACCACCGUCACGAAGGACGUCUUCAACCUCAUCCACAAGCCGCAUUCCUCGGCCUUCACUGUUUGGAAUGCCAUUGAGGGCCUCUUCCGCGACAACAAGCCCCAACACGUCAUCUACUUCGAGGCUGAGUUCCGCAGUCUCCAACAAGGCGACAUGAGCAUCUCCCAGUACUGCACCCAGCUGAAAAUGCUCGUCAACAACCCCCACGACGUCGGCCAACCCGUCUCCAAGCCCAGCCAGGUACUCAACAUUCUCUGUGGUCUCAACCCCAAGUACUGCCACACGAUCCCCAUCAUCAACACCAAAUUCCCACCUCACACCUUCAUGAGCGCCCGCUCUUACGUGCUGUUGGAGGAGAUCUGCGAACUCCACGACGCCAAGAUGGAGGUCCUUCCAACUCGCACGGUGAAUCUCCGAUGUGAAAGUUCAGGAGAUCUCUACCCACUGCACUUCCCAUAG